UUGGGGAAUUACUUCUCAAGUUCAGGAGCAAGUGCAUCCAACUCUCUCAGCUCAUGAAGAGUCUCUCUAUUACAUUGAAGAGCUGAUUUUUCAGCUGCUAAGUAAAUUAUGCAUGGCUCAACCAAGGACUGUUCAAGAUGUAGAGGAACGAGUACAGAAGACCUUUCCUCAUCCAAUUGACAAAUGGGCUAUUGCGGAUGCACAGUCUGCCAUAGAGAAGCGAAAGCGAAGAAAUCCUCUUUUAUUGCCUGUGGACAAAAUCCAUCCUUCUUUAAAGGAGGUUUUGGGGUAUAAAGUGGACUACCAUGUGUCCCUGUAUAUUGUGGCUGUACUGGAGUACAUCUCAGCAGAUAUUUUAAAAUUGGCUGGUAAUUAUGUUUUUAAUAUCCGACAUUAUGAAAUAUCUCAGCAGGACAUCAAAGUAUCAAUGUGUGCAGAUAAGGUUUUGAUGGACAUGUUUGAUCAGGAUGAUAUAGGUUUGGUUUCUUUAUGUGAAGAUGAACCUAGUUCUUCAGGUGAAUUAAACUACUAUGACCUUGUCAGAACUGAAAUUGCAGAAGAAAGACAGUACCUUCGGGAACUGAACAUGAUCAUAAAAGUGUUUCGAGUUGCCUUUCUUUCUGACAAAAAGUUAUUUAAGCCUUCUGAUAUCGAAAAGAUUUUUAGUAACAUUUUAGAUAUACAUGAGUUGACUGUGAAACUUUUAGGUUUGAUUGAAGACACAGUUGAAAUGACAGAUGAAAGCAGUCCUCAUCCCUUAGCUGGCAGCUGUUUUGAGGAUUUGGCAGAAGAGCAAGCCUUUGAUCCUUAUGAAACAUUAUCGCAGGACAUUCUUUCACCAGCAUAUAACGAACAUUUCAGUAAGCUGAUGGCUAGACCUACAGUUGCUCUACACUUUCAGUCCAUUGCUGAUGGCUUUAAAGAAGCAGUCCGCUACGUACUUCCACGCCUUAUGUUGGUGCCAGUGUAUCAUUGUUGGCAUUAUUUUGAAUUAUUAAAGCAACUGAAAGCAUGUAGUGAAGAGCAAGAAGACCGAGAAUGUUUGAAUCAAGCUAUCACUGCUCUCUUGAAUCUCCAGGGUAGCAUGGACCGGAUUUACAAGCAGCAUUCCCCUCGCCGCCGGCCAGGGGAUCCUGUUUGCCCUUUUUAUAAUCGUCAAUUAAGAAGCAAGCACCUGGCUAUCAAAAAAAUGAAUGAAAUUCAGAAAAACAUAGAUGGAUGGGAAGGCAAAGAUAUUGGACAGUGUUGUAAUGAAUUCAUAAUGGAAGGACCAUUGACAAGAAUUGGUGCUAAACAUGAACGGCACAUUUUUCUUUUUGAUGGGCUAAUGAUCAGCUGUAAACCUAAUCAUGGCCAGACUCGGCUUCCAGGUUGCAGUAGUGCAGAAUAUAGAUUAAAAGAAAAGUUUGUCAUGAGGAAAAUACAAAUCUGUGAUAAAGAAGAUACUUGUGAGUGCAAGCAUGCCUUUGAACUAGUAUCCAAAGAUGAAAACAGCAUAAUAUUUGCUGCUAAGUCUGCUGAAGAGAAAAAUAAUUGGAUGCCAGCACUUAUUUCUCUUCAUUAUCAUAGCACUCUAGAUCGAAUGCUAGAUUCUGUAUUAUUGAAAGAAGAAAAUGAGCAGCCACUGAGAUUACCAAGUCCAGAAAUGUACUGUUUUGUGGUAAAAGACUCCAAGGAGAACAUUGUUUUUGAAGACAACUUGCAAAGUAGAAGCGGAAUCCCCAUUAUUAAAGGAGGAACUGUGGUGAAGUUAAUUGAAAGGUUAACAUUUCAUAUGUAUGCAGAUCCCAAUUUUGUUCGUACUUUUCUUACUACUUAUCGAUCAUUUUGUAAACCACAAGAAUUGCUAAGCUUACUGAUUGAACGAUUUGAAAUCCCAGAGCCAGAACCUACCGAAGCAGACAGAUUGGCAAUAGAGAAAGGCGAGCAGCCAAUCAGCGUGGACCUGAAGAGAUUUCGCAAGGAAUAUGUUCAACCAGUACAACUUAGGGUCUUAAACGUGUUUCGGCACUGGGUUGAACACCAUUUUUAUGACUUUGAAAGAGACUUGGAAUUGCUUGAAAGACUAGAAUCCUUCAUAUCAAGUGUAAGAGGGAAAGCCAUGAAGAAAUGGGUAGAGUCAAUUGCUAAGAUCAUCAAGAGGAAGAAGCAAGCUCAGGCAAAUGGAAUAAGCCAUAAUAUUACCUUUGAAAGCCCACCUCCUCCGAUUGAGUGGCAUAUCAGUAGACCUGGACAGUUUGAAACAUUUGAUCUCAUGACGCUUCAUCCAAUAGAAGUUGCACGUCAGCUAACACUUCUGGAAUCUGAUCUCUACAGGAAAGUUCAACCAUCUGAACUUGUAGGGAGUGUAUGGACCAAAGAAGAUAAAGAGAUAAAUUCUCCAAAUUUAUUGAAAAUGAUUCGUCAUACCACAAAUCUCACUCUCUGGUUUGAAAAAUGCAUUGUGGAAGCAGAAAAUUUUGAAGAACGGGUGGCAGUAUUAAGUAGAAUUAUAGAAAUUCUACAAGUUUUUCAAGAUUUGAAUAAUUUCAAUGGUGUACUGGAGAUAGUCAGUGCAGUAAACUCAGUGUCUGUAUACAGACUAGACCAUACCUUUGAGGCAUUACAGGAAAGAAAACGGAAAAUUUUGGAUGAAGCUGUGGAAUUAAGUCAAGAUCACUUUAAAAAAUACCUAGCAAAACUAAAGUCAAUCAAUCCACCUUGUGUGCCUUUUUUUGGAAUAUAUUUAACAAAUAUUCUGAAGACCGAAGAAGGGAAUAAUGAUUUUUUAAAAAAGAAAGGGAAAGAUCUAAUCAAUUUCAGUAAAAGGAGGAAAGUAGCUGAAAUUACUGGAGAAAUUCAGCAGUAUCAGAAUCAGCCAUACUGUUUACGGAUAGAACUAGAAAUGAGGAGGUUCUUUGAAAAUCUUAACCCCAUGGGAAGUUCAUCUGAAAAAGAGUUUACAGAUUAUUUGUUCAACAAAUCGCUAGAAAUUGAACCCCGGAACUGCAAACAGCCACCUCGAUUCCCUAGGAAAUCAACUUACUCCUUAAAAUCUCCUGGAAUAAGGCCUAAUACAGGCCGACACUGCUCUACCUCAGGCACUUUACGAGGUCAUCCUACACCAUUGGAAAGAGAACCAUACAAGAUAAGCUUUAGUCGGAUAGCUGAAACUGAACUUGAAUCAACAGUGUCAGCACCAACCUCUCCAAAU